AUGAUAGAUGUAGAGGCAGUGGUAAAUGGGAAACAAGCUUUCCUUACUUUCGUAUAUGGAGAGCCAGAUCAGACACUAAGGGAUCAGGUUUGGGAGAGAUUAACCUGGUAUGGUUUAGCCAGAUCGGAACCUUGGUUUAUUAUAGGAGAUCUAAAUGAGAUCACUGGGAAUCAUGAAAAGGAUGGUGGUUCUCUGAGAAGUGCGACAUCGUUUAUUCCCUUCAAUAAUAUGAUCCGAAAUAGUGGAUUAUUAGAAUUUCCGGCUCGUGGAAAUAAAAUGUCAUGGCAAGGACGGAGAGGUAAAGGAAAGGGUGCGGUAAUGGUCCGUUGCAGACUAGAUAGAGCUUUGGCUAAUGAGGAAUGGCAUACACUCUUUCCAUGCUCUUAUACAGAAUAUUUGAGGAUGGUAGGUUCGGAUCAUCGUCCUGUGGUGGCUUUUUUGGAUGAGAAACCGCCAAAGAGAAGAAAGGGACAAUUCAAGUUUGAUAAAAGAUGGAUAGGCCAAGAGGGGCUUAUGGAAUCAAUAGUGUCGGGCUGGACAGAAACUCGUGCAGGUCAACCAGAGGAUUUUAUCUCUAAAAUUAGUAAUUGCCGUCAUGAAAUAUCCUCAUGGCGGAAAGACAACCAACCAUAUGGAAAGGAAAAGAUUCGAUAUCUUCAACAAGCUUUAGAAGAGGUUCAAAUGGAUAACAAUAGAUCACAUGAGAAUAUUAUUGAGAUUUCUAAGAAAUUACAAGAGGCCUAUAAGGACGAGGAGGAAUAUUGGCAUCAGAAGAGCCGCAAUAUGUGGUAUUCAUCUGGGGAUCUUAAUACAAAGUUUUAUCAUGCUUUAACAAAGCAACGUCGGAUUCGAAAUAAAAUAGUGGGCCUCCAUGAUGAAAGGGGUAAUUGGGUCACAGAUGAGACUGGUGUGGAAAAGGUGGCGGUAGAUUACUUUGAGGAUUUGUUCACAUCUACCACCCCUACUGAGUUUGAUAGUUUUCUGGAAGAGAUAGGGACAUCAAUCACCCCACAGAUGAAUCAUAUGCUACUACGGGUAGCAACAGAAGAAGAGGUCCGACAAGCGUUAUUCAUGAUGCACCCGGAGAAAGCCCCAGGACCGGAUGGAAUGACGGCUCUUUUUUAUCAACAUUCUUGGCAUGAAAUGUUUCAUGGCCUACGAACUAAUAAGUCUUGUCAGAAUAAGUUUAUGGCUAUAAAAACCAAUAUGAGUAAGGCAUAUGAUCGGAUAGAGUGGAAUUUUAUUGAGGUUCUCCUGUACAAAAUGAGUUUUGAUUCUCACUGGAUCAAAUUGAUGCGAGAGUGUGUCUCCUCAGUCCAGUAUAGAGUUCUUCUAAAUGGGCAGCCUCGGGGACUUAUAAUCCCUCAGAGAGGAUUACGUCAAGGAGAUCCUUUAUCUCCUUACUUGUUUAUUAUGUGCACGGAGGCUUUGAUUUCAAAUAUUAAAAAGGCAGAAAGGGUCAAACUAUUAACCGGGAUGAAAGUGGCAAGGGCUUGUCCUGCAAUCUCUCAUCUACUAUUUACAGAUGACAGUUUGUUUUUCUGUAAGGCAAACAAGGAAGAGUGUCAAACUAUUCUUAAGAUUCUAAAGGAAUAUGAGACUGUUUCAGGGCAACAGAUUAAUUUCCAGAAAUCGUCAAUUCAAUUUGGACACAAGGUUGAUGAAGCUAUUCGGCAAGAGUUGAGAGAUAUCUUGGGAAUUCAUAAUCUAGGAGGAAUGGGAUCUUAUUUAGGCUUGCCGGAAAGUCUGGGCAGCUCUAAGGUACAAGUGUUUGGAUUUGUUCAAGAGCGGCUGAAUAAAAGGGUUAAUGGAUGGACCUUUCGUUUUUUUACAAAAGGUGGAAAGGAGGUGAUUAUUAAAUCGGUGAUUACGGCUUUACCAAACCAUGUGAUGUCUGUGUAUAGGCUACCGAAAGCUACAGUUAAGAAGCUAAAGGGCGCCGUAUCCCAAUUUUGGUGGAGCCCAGGAGGUAGUGCAAGAGCAAUGCUUGGUAAACAACUAUGGAGGCUAAUUGAGAAGCCAAAUACUCUUUUCUCAAGAGUUUUCAAAGGACGUGGAUUCCCUCAUCAAUCAGGAAUCUCGCUCAUGGAAUGUACAGGCGAUCAGGGCUCUAGUGGAUCCGAAGGACGCAAGAAUUAUUGA